AUGGCGUACGGCCUACAAUGGUACCUCAAGACGGCGCUGCACACGCAGACGGACUGGGACGACCACAAGCUGCAGCUUCCCUACGUGCUGCCGAAGGUUGAUAAGCGCGUGCGCCACAAACGCAGCGCCAAGUUCUCGUACUACCAGAACGUGUGCACGGUCAGCUACUCGUCGUGGGCGUGGGGGUGGCAGAAGUGGGAGAAGCACAUCGACUGGAUGGCUCUCAACGGGAUCAAUAUGCCGCUGGCGUUCACCGGACAGGAGAAGGUUUGGCAGAACACCUUCAAGAAGCACUACAACGUGAGCUCUGCUGGCCUGAACAAGUUCUUCGCCGGCGCAGCCUUCUUGGCGUGGGGACGCAUGGGCAAUCUUCGCGGUAGCUGGGUGGAAGGGCCGCUUCCACAAGCCUUCAUCGACGGGCAGUACGAGCUACAGCUGAAAAUUCUCGAGCGCAUGCGGGGAUUUGGUAUGGUUCCUGCAUUGCCGGCGUUCGCAGGCCACGUACCCGAAGAGCUCAAGACUUUAUACCCGAACGCAAAAUUCACACGCUCGCCUAACUGGGGAGGCUUCUCGGACGAGUUUUGCUGCGUGUACAUGCUGGAUCCACAGGACCCACUCUACUAUGAAAUCGGUAAGACGUUUCUGGAGGAGCAGCGUGCGCUUUAUGACUACACGUCGUCGCUGUAUCAGUGCGAUACAUACAACGAAAUGGACCCCGACUUCACCGACCCGGCCAAGCUUCAGGCAGCCUCGCGUGCCGUUAUCGACAGCAUGACAGCAGCAGACCCGAACGCGGUAUGGCUUAUUCAAGGCUGGCUUUUUGUGAACAGCCCCAACUAUUGGACGAAGGAGCGCGUGCAAACCUAUCUGGACGGCGUCCCGAACGAUAAAAUGAUCAUCCUCGACCUCUACAGCGAGGUUCGGCCUGUGUGGAACAAAAUGGACAACUAUUUUGGCAAGAGCUGGAUCUAUUGCGUGCUUCACAACUUUGGCGGGAACACCGGAAUGCGCGGGGACUUGCCGACGCUCGGCACGGCACCUGUACUAGCGAAUCGCGCCAGCAGUGGGACUAUGAUCGGCAUGGGGCUGACAAUGGAAGGUAUUUUCCAGAACUACGUGGUCUACGACCUCACGCUGCAGAUGGCCUGGGUGGAUGCCCCGCUCGAUAUGGACGAGUGGGUUCCGAGCUUUGCUGCGCAGCGUUAUCACUCGCAAGACGCGCACACGGAACGAGCGUGGGGCUUUCUGUUGCAAUCGGUGUACAACCGCACGCUGGGAUACGGAGGUGUCACCAAGAGCUUGGUCUGUUUGAUUCCGCACUGGAAGCUCGUUCGGGAUGGCUUCAUGCCAACACUGAUCACAUACGACCCCAUGGAUAUCACGCGUGCUUGGAAGGAACUUCUGCUUGCCGGCUCGGAGUUACACGCGGUGGACACGUACCGUCAUGACCUAGUCGACGUCACGCGACAGUUUCUGAGUGAUCAUUUCAUGGCCCAGUAUCUCCACUUGGAGGACAUGUACGCAGGGAAGGAGACUCCAGCGGAUCAGUUGUGUGCUUGGACGGAUCGCAUGCUAGUGACGAUCGAGUGGUUAGACGAGAUCCUCGCGACGAAUGAUGACUUCCUGCUCGGCAACUGGGUCGCUGAUGCACGCGCUCUAGCCGACGAAGUUGGGGCUGCUGAAGUGACCAGCCUCCAAGACUACUACGAGUACGAGGCUCGCAACCAGGUGACGCGAUGGGGGGACAACAACUCGGAGUCCAUCCACGACUACGCGGGCAAGGAGUGGGCCGGCCUCGUAAGCGGCUACUACCUGCCUCGCUGGCGCAUGUGGUUGACCGAAGUCUGCCAGUCGUAUACGCAAAAGCGCGACGUCAACGAAGCCGCGCUGAAGAAGGCGCGCGUCGAUUUCGAGCUAAAUUGGCAGCUCAGCCACGAGCGUUACCCGACCACCACAACGGGCGACACGCUCGCCGUCUCCAAGCGCAUUUACGAGGAGUUCGCUGGGGUGAGCAGCUUCCAGGCUCCAUGGUCCUGGAGGAUGACGGGAUACCUCGCGGGCAAUCAGGUUGUAGCGUAG